AUGCCCCCCAAAUCCCAAUCCCAAGAGGAUGAUUAUUUCAACCUAGGCACCUACACCCGCCCAAUAAGCACUAAAAACCCGCAAGCCCAAACCUGGUUCACCCGCGGCCUGAUCUGGACAUACGCAUUCAACCACGAAGAAGCUGCAUCCUGCUUCCAGAAAGCCGCAGACCAUGACCCAUCCUGCGCAAUGGCAUACUGGGGUCUAGCAUACACCCUAGGCCCAAACUACAACAAACCGUGGCAAUUCUUCGAUGAAGACGAGUUACAGGCUGUCGUGAAGCGGACGCACCAGGCCGCAAGUGAUGCCCGACAACACGCAGCAUCAAAUACUGAACCCGUCGAAGCGGCGCUCAUCGAGGCCGUCCAGUCUCGAUAUCCAACUGAGAAACCGGCUUCGGAUUGCAGCACCUGGAACAAGACCUACGCGGAUGAAAUGGGCUCGGUCUACGCGCGAUUCCCGGACGACUUAGACGUCGCAGCUCUAUACGCAGAUUCGCUAAUGAACCUCACGCCCUGGGAACUCUGGGAUCUACGAACGGGCCAGCCGGCGCCAGGGGCCCGAACACUCGAAAUCAAAGACGUACUUGACAAGGCCCUGCAACUGCCUGGUGGUCUUCAGCAUCCAGGUCUCCUGCACCUGUAUAUCCAUCUCAUGGAGAUGUCAGGCGCACCGGAGAAGGCGCUUACAGUGGCCGACCAUCUCCGCGGUCUUGUUCCAGACGCGGGACAUCUGAACCACAUGCCGACGCACCUGGACAUUCUCUGCGGGGAAUACAGAGCAGCGAUGGCGUCCAACAGCGAGGCAAUCGAGUCGGAUAAGCGGUUCGUGAAGAAAGCCGGGCCCGUGAAUUUCUACACCCUGUACCGCGCGCAUAACUACCAUUUCCGGAUCUAUGCGGCGAUGUUUGCGGGGAGGGCGGGGGUUGCGUUGGAUACGGCGAGGGAGCUUGAGGGGCAGAUUCCUGAGGAGCUAUUGCGGGUGCAGUCGCCGCCGAUGGCGGAUUGGUUAGAAGGGUUUCUGGCGAUGAGGGUUCAUGUGUUGAUUCGGUUUGGGAGGUGGGAGGGGCUACUGGGGCUGGAGGUUCCGGGGGAUCAGGCGUUGUAUUGUGUUUCUACGGCGAUGGUGCAUUAUGGGCGCGGGGUAGCGCUUGCGGCGCUGGGGAGGGUUGGUGAGGCGAGUGAAGAGAGGGAGAAGUUCAGGGAGAGCGUGGAGAGGGUGCCGCGGAGUAGGAUGUUGUUCAACAAUACCUGUGUGGAUAUCCUGGGGAUUGCGGGGGCGAUGUUGGACGGGGAGCUGGAGUAUCGGCGGGGCAAUAUCGAGCAGGCCUUUGGACAUUUGAGACGGUCGAUUGAGCUGGAUGACGGGCUUCCAUAUGAUGAGCCCUGGGGGUGGAUGCAGCCCACCCGGCAUGCGUAUGGAGCACUGCUGCUGGAGCAAGGGAAGGUGGACGAAGCAGCGGCCGUAUACAGCGCCGAUCUGGGGAUGGACGACACGCUGCCGCGGGCACUGCAGCACCCGAACAACGUCUGGUCGCUGCACGGGUACCACGAGUGUCUGGUGAAGCUGGGAAGGGCGGCCGAGGCCAGGAUCGUGAAGCAGCAGCUGAAAUUGGUGGCAGCGACGGCAGACAUACGCAUCGGGUCGUCCUGUUUCUGCCGGACUUCAUAG